AUGCCAGCUCCAGCAUCAGAGGGCAUGGAGUCGGUGCAGGUGGUUGUUCAGGAGAUCGACUCUCCAGAUCCACACAAGGCAAAGUCCAGUACGAGUCACAUGACCUCCUCAUUGAGUGUUGGCAAUGUUGGUCACAAGUCCUCAGCCCUGUCCGUUCAGAAGAAUGCCAACAAAGCCAAGAUCAAGAAGGAGCUCCGUGAUGCCUUUUUGAAGGAUGAGGAAGAUCUAGCAGAAACAGUGGAUGAAAAGAAGGACCACAAAGUCAAGGUCACCGAAGCCAAGGAGCACAGAGCAUGGACGGAGAACACGGAUUGUUGA